AUGAAACCCCUCUUUUUUCUAACAUUUCUUUUCGUUCUUUCUUCAUCAUGUCCGUCUGGAUGGAGUGAAUUUCCGAAUGAGAAUGUUUGCGUUUACAUGAUAAAAACUCCUCAAUAUUAUUGGGAAACCGUGCAUGAUUGUGCCCAAAUGGGCGCAAAUGUGGUCAAAAUUGGGAACAUUUUCGAGGAUGCUUACAUCGGUGCGAUGAUCCCAGAAUUUAACGGUCAACUCCCAUUCAUCGGUGUUGAGAGAAAUGGUGAUGGAGCAUGGGUUUAUCAAGAUGGAACACGACUCAUCUAUGCGAAUUGGGCUCCAGGUGAACCUCGAUCCGGUUCAUCGUUGAACUGUGCCAUGAUGAGUUCAACAAAUCUCCAAUGGCAAGCUGUUGAUUGCUCGACUCUAAAUCCAUCUUUUUGCUCAUCCUAUGAUUCUGGAAGCACGCAAUCAAUCGCCACUUCACAAUCACCAAGAAGCACCCCUCCCAGCAGAGGAACAACGACUGUACCCUACUGCAGCUCUUCUUUGUAUUGCAAAAGUCAAGGAGUCUGUAAGCUCUCGUCCGAUGGCAUCCCCACCUGUAUUUGCUAUGGAAAUCUGGAUCCAAAAGAGGGAUGCGUGACAAGCACUUGCACUCCACCUGGACAAUCGAUCCCACAAGAUGUGCCUGACAGCUUGACUGGAACUUACCUUGUUUCCCCCGGUUGGGAUUAUCGGCUCUUUGACGAUUACGGCGGGCAAGGUUACAACGGAACUUACAAUUGUGAGUGGAAAUUGAGAACGAAAUCCGGAGUAAUUAUGCAACUUUAUCCGGGACCACGACCACCAUUUCAAAACAUGGACCCUAAUGCAAGAAUAACAAUCAAAAACGGAGGAUUCUCUUAUACGGCCAUGUCAUCAACGACGGCUGCUCAGUUCAAUGCGGCUUUGAAAAUGUGCAAUUCGGAUAUUGUCACUCAAUUCACUUUUGAGACAAGCGUCUUCGCGCGGCAAAAUGAUAAUUUUUGGUUUGACGUCAGUCUCGUUCUCGCUAUCGGCGAUGAGCUUAAAGGGAAAAAG